AUGAGAGCAGGCGCACCAGGCACCGCCAUCUGUCAGUGCGAGAGACCAGAGCCGGAGACCAGAACCAGAACCAGAGCCGGAGUCGGAGUCGGAGCCGGAGUCCGGGCUGUGAGGAGGGCGGAGGCAGACACUGCGGUCCAGCGAUGGAGACACCGAUGCACGGCCACAGGACGCACACAUGCCAGCUGUGACUGCGGGGACACCGAGAUUGUGUGCAUUGAUCCAGAGGUGUGUGUUUGUAUCAUGGAUCUAUUGUAUGGUGUUUGUGCGCAGAAGAGGCGGAACGGUUGGUGGAGAGCGGAGACGCUGUAG